GUUAAAAGUGGUUUGCGCCAAAGUCAAGCCGAAAAAUUGUUUAGUUUUUUUUUGCGUUUCAGAUAAAACAAUUACGUGUUUCCGCAUUGUGUAAAGUAACAAUUAAUUAAUUUAUUAAUUAAUUAGUCAUUGGUCAUAACUAGAAAACGAAGUGAUAACAUCAUAGACAUUUUGAAAAUAUGAGUUUGAGUCUAUGUCGGAAACGGCGCGUACAGGACCAUAACGAUGCGUCUUCUGUUUCCACAAAUACAACAAUAAAUACACAACAUCGCAGUGCACGGCAACGCAGAAGGGAAGAGCUGUCUAAUGAAAAUGGUGAAAACGUAGCUGCGGCACAAGGAGAUGCCCCAACAUGCAGUCAAGCGAAAAGACUGAAACGUAGCGAGGGCACGCUGUCAGCUUCUCAAAUUGCGCUGGACGGUACCAGGUGUGGGAAAAUCAAAAAAGUUGUUUUGGUAAAUUUUAUGUGCCACGCACAUUACUGCAUUGACUUACAUCCGCGCGUGAAUUUUAUGGUCGGACGCAAUGGUUGCGGCAAAAGUGCUAUUUUAGCUGCGCUGGUAGUGGGUAUGGGUGGGCGUGCGCGUGCCACCAAUCGUUCCACAUCAUUACAUAGCUUAAUCCGUAAUGGUCAAAGUUCGGCGCGUGUUGAAAUCACAAUUUCCAAUGAAGGUGUUGAGGCUUUUAGACCGGACGUGUAUGGUGAUGCGAUCACAAUUGUACGCAGCAUUACACAAACAGCAAGUAAUUAUAAAAUUAAGGGUUCACAUGGACGUAUUGUGUCUGAAAAAUUUGAUGAAUUAAAGCGUAUUAUGGACAUGCACAAUAUACAAGUGGACAAUCCGGCGUUUGUUAUGAAUCAGGAUAGUGCGCGUGAAUUUCUCAAAGAUAUGGAGCCAAAAAAGAAUUAUCAGCUAUUUCUGAAAGCAACCCAGCUAGAUUCAAUACAAGAACAGCUUAUCAAAUGCUAUUAUGAAUAUCAAGACCACAAACAACGCUUAAUACAUAUUGAAAAGAAAUUGGAACAUGACCAAAAGAGAAUUACUGAACUUGAAACCGAACACCGCAAAAUAUUAUCUUUUGCAGAACUUAAGCAUGAAAACAAUCGAAAGAAGACCGAAUAUCAGUGGUCUUUGGUAAAUCAACUGGAAUUGGCUGUUAGUGAUAUCGAAAAAGCGCUUGCCGAAGCUAUGCGCGAUCGUGACAAACUUGAGGAGCAGGCGCAACGCAAAAACGAAAUCGAAAGUCAACUCAAAGCCGAAAUGGACGCCUGCAAAGAAGCCAUCGAUUCAAAUCGCGCGGAGUAUAGUCAAAAGAAUAAUAACUGUCAGGAUAUCAAUAUGCGUUUGAAAGAAAAAUCGAAAAUAUGUCAUGGUCUAAAAAUUGAUGUGGAGAAUGUUAAGAAACGAAUUACGUAUAUGGAAUCACUUAUUGUGGAUUUGGAGCAGAAUAUUACGCAACGCUCGCAAACAAUGGGUGUUGAAGAGCUACGCCGUCGCAAUGAAGCCGAACUGGCAACCUUACGCAAAGAGCAUGCGGAAAACAAGGCGAUGAAUGACUCUGCCAAACGUGAUCAUGACUUAUUUGUCGAGAAUAAAUCACAAAAAGAAGAGGAAUUCAGAAAUAUUAAAAUUCAAGUAGAUAAUUCAGCGCGUAAACUCGAUGGCAUCAAGCGCGAAAUUGCCAACUUACAAGCGAACAAAAAGAAUCGUUUCUCAAUAUAUGGUCAGGAAAUGCAAACACUAUUGGAGGAAAUCGAACGCCAAUAUCGCGCACGUAAAUUUAGUGAACGACCACGCGGUCCCAUUGGCAGUUAUUUGGAUGUACCUGAGCAAAAAUAUCGUAAUGUUGUUGAAAAUCAAAUUGCCGAUUUGUUGCGUGCUUUCAUCGUGAAUAAUACAGCCGAUCGUACGCUAUUGAAUGCAAUUAUACAACAACGCUGUCCCAAUAUGCGUGUGACAAUUAUUACGGCGAAAUUCUUGAAUAGGGUACAUGAUGUACGCGGCGGUUGUGUACGUCCACCGCCCGGUACGCGCUUGCUUUAUGACGUCAUACAGUGUCGUGAUCCCGUCGUCAUGAAUUGCCUAAUCGAUCAAUUAGCUAUUGAGACCAUACUAAUAACGGACACCAAGCAGACCGCCGAACAUUUGACCAUACAACAGGAGCAGGUGCCGCAAAAUUUACGUAAAAUCAUCGUAGACACACAACCGGCUUUGGAGUACUUUCCGGCGCCGAAAUAUCGUAUGUACUCGUUGAAUAUACGCCCAGCACGGCUGAUACAAAUGAAUGUUGACGAAUGCAUCAGCCAGCUUAGCGACAACUACCGUGCCAUCGAAAGUGAAAGAGCCAAACUGCAAGAAGUUUAUGCAAAGUCAGAACGCGAAUUACGCAUCUCGCUGGAGCAGUCUAAAGAGAAGCAAGCACUAUUGCAACGUCAUCGGUCUAAAAUUAUGCGCCUGGAGCAACGUAUUGCCGAUUUGGAAAAUUACGAAUAUCCAAAUACGAAUGAAUUGUGUGUGCUGCAAAACGAGCUCACCGAAAACGAAAGUAAAAUACAGCAAUAUAAAAGCAAAUUGGAGACUAAGAAGAAAGAAUGCGAACAAGCUGAGCUUGAAAAGCAGAAUGUUGAAAUUGAAAUGCGCAAACAUACAUCCAAACUAGAGGCAAUGCAGUGUAAUAUACGCGAGAAAGAGAAUGAAUUAAAUAAAUUACAAAUCGACAUGCGCACCAUGCACGACAAUUUUCAGAGAUUCGAAGAUAAAAAGAGACGCAUUGCCGAGCGUAUACAAAUCGAAGAGACAAAAAAAGCCAACAAGUUAAGAGAGCUCAAAAGCCAAAUGGCAGAGGCGCAAAAGCGUGGCCAACGUGUGCAGACAGAACGCACGCCCGACGAGAUACUGGAUGAAAUCAAAUUGGGUGAAGUGAAAUUGAAGCAAGGUGCCCCGUUAAAAGAAGACCCGGACAAAUUAGAGAAGGAAAUCAAGCGUUUGAAACGUAAACUCUCCGUUGAUCGGAGUACAUUGAAGACAUUCGAAAUUGUCAUUGCGCAAUUGAAGAAAUCCCAUUCACGGCGUAUGUAUUUUGUGAAGCAGUUUAAGGGCCACAUGAUCACCAUGCUGCAAUAUACUUUUAAUAAUGUGCUAAGUAAACGUCGCUUUACCGGUAACAUCGAGGUCAACCACAAAGAGCAGACAAUGGAGAUAUCUGUGGUGCCACGUGACAGUCACAUCGCCGAUGCUGUUACAAAUACGCGUUCGUUAUCGGGUGGUGAACGCUCAUAUACCACGGUCGCAUUUCUAAUAUCACUGUGGGCCUGUGUAGAUCAUCCAUUCUUCUUUCUUGAUGAAUACGAUGUGUUUGCGGAUGAGGUGAAUCGCGAAUAUAUGACACGUUUAUUGAAAUUGGAAGGACAAAAGCGUCCGAAUCGGCAAUUCGUAUUCUUAACCCCACAAGAUAUGUCCAUUGAAGCUAGCGAUUUCAUAAGAAUACAUAGCUUGGCCGCACCAAUUCGUACAUAAUUGAGUUAUCUGAAAUUUGUGACUCUCUUUCAUUGUUUACAUUUACAGUUAAACUGUUGAAUAUUUUCUAUACUUGCUUCGUAACCAGUAUUGUUAAAUUUCGUUUAUUUUCAACAAACACUACACUCAUGGACAUAAAUUUGAUUUAUUAUAUAUUAGAAUUUAUAUGUACUAUAUAUGUAACCAUGUGAUUAUAUGCAUUAACUCAAAUCGUUUUGUAUCUAUGUAUAUGCGUUAACAUGUAUAAACUCGCAAAGAACACAUAAUGUAUUAUUAAUAUGGAAAAACUAAAACAUUAACUAAGGUUUGUUACAUCGUUUAAUUAAAUGUGUAAAUAAAUACGGAUUUUAUGACAUAAAAAAAUGUUUAUUAGUCACUAUAGUAUACAAAUAUUUCGUGAAAUGUAAUCU